AUGAAGAAGUGCUCUUCAAACUGCAAUACUAGACCAAAGCUUAUAAGAAAUUUAAAAGAACUCGAAAAUACUCUCCCAGUGAAAUAUUCAGUUUGGCCAAUAUCUAAUGGCAGCAUAUAUGAUUGCAUUGGCUCUAUAGUUGGUCCUGAAAACACUCCUUAUGAAAAUGGGAUUUUUUAUGUAAGAAUAUCAUUACCUACUCACAAUCAUGGGACUUUCGCUAAUAUUAAAUUUCUCACAAAAAUUUAUCAUCCUAACAUAAGUGCUCAAGAAGGAAAUGUAUCUUCACUUAAGUUGAGAGAAGCUAGGAAUGAUAUAAUGCUAAUAAUAGAAACACUAUAUAGCAUCCUGACGCAUCCCGAUCUAGAAAAUUCUGAAAAUAUAGAAGCGAGAGAUUGCUAUAUAGAGGAUAUAAAAGAAUUUAAUAAAGGUGCUGCAGAAUGGACAAGACUUUAUGCAUCAUAA